AUGGAAGCCAUGCUUCGAACUUCUAGCGAUAACCUAAUCACCACACUUAUCUCAUAUCUUGUACCUGAUCAGCAAACUCCUUCGGAAACACCAUCGACAAACUCAAGUGGAUAUGGAGAAUCUUCUUCAGGAUUCUCUCGUCCUCUCACCGGCAACAUCGAGAAAGGCAAAGGCUAUACAAAGGAAGGUGCCCCCAAUUCAAGCCUAGAAGCCAUACCCAGGGGUUCACUGAAGAGAUCUGCCAGCGACCUGACUGCCUUGAACGGUAUAAGUAGAGAUCAAAAGACGGCAGUCACAGCGCUGAAUGCAUUCCGAUCGAAAGAUGGCAUGUACCACCCAGAGCAUGCAACUGCAUCUCUAUCGCCUACUUCACUACAACCAUCUCCCAUUGCCAUACAGUGGCCUCUUAGCAGCUCACGUAACGGACUUAUGACGGUUGCAGAAGAGGCCACAAAAUCAUCUGCGAGCUCUCAAAGUCCUCUCUUUGAGCGGGCAGAACCUGUCUCCAAACAUUCGGGACGUAGCCAGCCUUACCCUAGACCGGCGACAGAUGGAAUGUUGACUAGAAUAAGACCGCUCCUAACUAGAUCUACUGCGGUGCGCUCCAACUCGGACCCAGAUCUAGCCAAGACAUACUUGAAUCCAAGGUCACGCGAUCGGCACUUACCAUUAAAGUCUUGUAUGAAGAAGAGAGCGAAGAGCGACACUAUCACGUCCCUCGGUGGAAUACAACGGAAAACAGAAGAUCAUGACUCCAAGGAUCUUUGCCGCAUCAAGACUGUCGAUUUUGAAGGGAGUGGCUCCAAACCUUCUUCCCACGUCUCGAGCACAGUUGUCAUACCCAAGAGCCUACACCAGACUUCAAAUCACGACGCCAAAACGCUCUCCAGACCGACCAAUACGCGAAGAAGAUCCAUCAGUAAUUCUCCAUCGUGCCCGAAAAUAAUUGGCACAACGAAGAGCAGUGCGGCAGACCCGGCGAUCACACGAACCGAUGUACACGUUGUCGCCAUCACGCCCUCAUGGGACACACCCGACAUUGUCAAUGAGGAAGGAUCUGAUCCGGCCACACCGACGAUGCAAGUCAUUGAAACAAAGACCAGUAGCUAUGAAGUGAUAUGGGAUGAUGUGCCGCUGGAGCAGAGAGUAAGAGGGAGAGGGCGGCGAAGUUCUUCUGCAAGCCACUCUUUGGAGAUGGCUAGUCCAUCUGCCAGGCGGGGUCUUGAGCGGGUCAAUUCCAAGCUCGUACGCUGGUUUGGCAGCUGGAAUAGCGCAUCAGACUGCUUUAAGCCCACAAUUGUAGUCUUUCCAGACGACGAUGGCCGAACCACGGGUUUCGACUGUGCUGCAGAUGACAAAGAAGAUGAGCCGCUAUUAGCGCCUCCGAACAGCCAGGUUACCAGUACCGCUUCUUCUUGCCAUCCGUCUCGUCCUGCAAGUGUGCCCCUGAAUGGGAUUGUUUCCACCGGCGAUGUUUUAAGAGGAGAUGACAUGGACGAAACAUUCCCGGAUGUUGGUCAGAAUUUGUUACAACCUCCAGAGCAAUCAUUACCCGUACGGAACCCUGAAAUUCAGCACAAGGGAAGAUGGAACAAGCACCCCGUGAAGACUCGCCAUCUCUCAAGCCUCGAAGAAACAGACACGCGCUUCCAUGGUCAUCGCGACUCUGUUACUAUAGCCCAUGCCCGCCUUAUCCGUUCAGGACAUGUCUCGCCCAAGCCGCUUAAGGGACAAGAUUCUUAUGAAAUAGCUAAGAAGCGGAAGCACAUGCGCAAUCAGGCUGCAUCGAUAGAAAGCGCGUAUUCUCCGCCCAAGGCGUCGUCAAUAGAGGCUUUGGAUCUCGUCACGAACCAUGAUACCGCCAAAGAGUCAAAGAGCACGCUGCACAGGCACUGA